AUGGCCCCUUCAGCCGCUCAGCUCAAGGAAGCACUUAUUAAGGGCACUCGCGAGGUGUAUAGCGCAGAGCCUGACGGUACUUCCGUCAACAAAGUGCGCCGGCAUGUUGAAGAAAAGCUCGGGCUAGAUGAUAGCUUUUUCACCAGCGAGGCGUGGAAGCAGAAAAGCAAGACAAUUAUCAAGGAGCAAGUUGACAAAUUGCUCGAAGAAGAUGCUUCCGAGCCAAAAUACGAAUCAGAUUCAAAAGUUGGCAUCAAACGGCAGUCGUCUGAAAUCGAAUCCCCGCAGCCUAAGCGACGAAAGAAAACAUCAGGACCCGCCAAGAAGAAAGAAGAGUCGGACGUUGAUGAAGCUCCCAAGAAGGAAUCCAGUAUUAAAUCUAAGAAGCUUGUAUCACGUCGCAAGGCUGAAGCAGAUGAUUCUGAUGAUCAAGGUACCAAGCUAGAAGAAAGCCCAUCACCUGCUAGAAAUCGGAAACGAAGCAAGAAAGAGGAAUCCGAAGACGAAUUGAAACACGAUGCUUCCAGCAAAGGAAAUUCUGCUCCUGCUAAAAAGCAAGAAACCCCCGGCGGCGAGAUCAAACCAUCAGUAAAAGCUCAACCCGAUUCAGGAGCAGAGGAGGCGAAGCCAGAUGCCAAGGACGAGCCCCAACCAGAGGUGAACGAGGAAGAUGAGUAUUCUGAUGUAAUUGACGAACCACCGCCUACAAAACGCAAGAGAGGCGAGAAGAAGGAAGCUCCACCAAAGCCAAAAGCUUCCAAAUCAGCAGCUAAAAAGGACGCCACUCCAGAUGAUCCUAAGGAUGCAGAAAUCAAGAAACUACAAUCUCAACUCGCCAAAUGCGGUAUUCGGAAGUUGUGGCAUAUAGAACUCAAACAGCAUGGAGACAAUGCUGGGGCUAAAAUUCGCCAUCUAAAGAAAAUGCUGGCAGACAUUGGCAUGGAUGGGCGUUUCUCAGAGGCCAAGGCUCGUGAGAUCAAAGAAAUGCGAGAGCUGCAGGCAGAUGUCGAGGCUGCCCAAGAGAUGGACCGUCUCUGGGGUACCAGCUCCGGCGGAAGGGCCAGCAGAAGCAAGGCCAAAACUGCUACUCAGGAAGCCAAAUUGGAAAGUGAAGAAGAGAACGAGGAUGAUGACAACGAUGAACCUACUUCGUUUGCUGCGAGACGACGGAAAGCUCACGCGGAUCUGGCAUUUCUGGGAGACGAGAGCGAUUCUGAUUAG